AUGAUUCAUGACACUUUGAAGGUACGUGUUUCUUCGAGGUGGGAAAACUUCCACAGAUGCCAACUAGCAAAUGACGGAGCUGAAUACAUUGUAGUGGAGUUAUCAUUGCCUGUCGUUGCCGAUCGUUGCACACAGACUCACAGUCCCUUGAAGACUGAAGUAGUUUCAUUUUCCGCACUCUCACUGGCCUUCAAGGUCCGAAAGCCCACAAAAGCUUUGAAUAAUCGCUACACGGGAGUGAUUCCCAUCAAAGAACAAUCCGAAAAACUUGAAAAAUCCCCACCUCCUACGAUGAGCGGAUUGAACUCCAACAUUGCCCAUGCUAAUGCUGCGUGGGAUCAAUUGGACAGGAUGUUGGCGCACGAAAUUCAUCCUUCCGCUAGUCCCGUUAUGCAUAUAGCAUUAUAUGCGAUGGCCGGUAUUGCUCCUCUGACCGGGUUGCUAUUCCUUGUGGGUGGUUUGAAAAGGAUAAGUAAAGGUGGACAAGAUAGUCUCUGGCUCUUUCGGGUCGAUGAUCGCGGGUACAUUCAUCCAAAUGCGAUCUUCGUCGUUACGAUUUGGGCUUGUCUCUUCACUGCUCUCGACACGGCCGCGUUAGUCUGCUUACUUUUAAACCUUUCCACCUUUGUCAAGUGGUACACACUUGUUCUACACGUUAUGAGUUUUCCUGUGAUAUUCUGUUUCGGGUGGACCAAAGUCUGGUGCUUCUCUUACGCUGCACCGCCUUCAGCUCUUUGUCUGGAUAGUAAGCGUGCGAGCUCACCUACUCACCAUCGUAAAAUGGUCGGACCUUGGCUCUUUAACGUAGGCAACAUUACGAUGUAUAUGAUUCCGUUCGCCUUCACCAUACCACUGGCAAUCUCGAUUGCAAAGAAGCUGCGGGACGUAGAACUCUACUUUAACAAAUAUCAGGAGGCGCAUCAAUUACUGAAGAGUAUACUUACAACGCCAGGCAUAUCUGAGAUCUCACCGUCUGCGAAGCAACUCCAAGUAAAGAUCUUGCUUGAGUUGAACACGCUCUCAAAAUUGUCCAAGGAGAUUUUGUUCAUUGUGCGAUGCAUUGCUGGAGGUUAUGCGAUCCUCGAUCUCAUCUUCACCAUUGGAGCCAUUUGGACUACUUGGCGAAUCAUGCGUACACUAUGGUCUCAAGUCGCAACCCUUCGUAGAUGUGCUCAACGUAGGCGUGGUGAUUGUAGCGCGAUUCGUCCCACAAAUAGUAAACUUUCAAGGCAUGAUAUAGAUCAAGAUAAUGCAUCAACUUGUCCCAUGCGCGCGAUCUCUUCCUACUCAAUACCUAGUAUUUCAUCUAAUGGGAACCUAUUACCAUGGAUGCCACCCUUCGCGAGAGGGACAGAAAUUACAAGGUCAACCUGGACUUCGGGCGCGUGUCACGACAAACGCGAGGAUUGGGAAAAAUAUGAUGAAUUUGUUUUGAGUCAGAAAUAUGCUUGCCUGAGCCGUUAUGCGUCCAAUGCACUAUGGCAAGCAACGCUGAUAGUCGUAACCUCUGCUUUAUUCAUGACCCUUGAUAUUUUCAUUGUCACAAAUGCUAUGGGAGUCCCUCAUCGACAUCGCCUCAGUGAUCUCACUAUGGUUGUUAUAGUAUGGGGCAACGUCAUUUGGAAUUGUGGGCUUGGGACGAUUUUGGGGAUUAUGUCAUGCGUUGUGGCCUUCUCACCGACUCCCCAGGCUUUAGCAGAAGAAAUCACUCUAGAUAGAUAUGAGGGAAAAGCCGAAUGUUUAUCAUAA